ACACGUGAGGCGGAAGUGGCUGUAGCCGCCGCUGUGCCCGGCGCUGUCCGGUCCCCGUCCCGUCCCGUCCCCGUUCCCCCCUUCCCCCCCCCCCGCCAUGACGCUGUUCCACUUCGGGAACUGCUUCGCUCUCGCAUACUGCCCCUAUUUCAUCACCUACAAAUGCAGCGGGCUGUCGGAGUACAGCGCGUUCUGGCGCUGUGUGCAGGCGGGAGCCACAUAUGUGCUGGUGCAGCUCUGCAAGAUGCUGUUCCUGGCCACGUUCUUCCCCACAUGGGAGGGACCCUCCGGGGGUUACGAUUUGGUGGGGGAGUUCCUGAGGGCGACGGUGGACGCGGCCGAUUUGGGGGGGCUGCAGUUGGCGUUGGGGAGGGGGGGGGGGAAGGGGGAGCACCGCAUCCUCGUGGCCGCUAUGGGGUGGGCGACCGCAGAGCUGCUCACCUCACGCUGCGUCCCGCUGUGGGUCGGAGCGCGCGGCAUCGAGUUUGAUUGGCGGCACGUGCAGAUGGGGCUGGACUCCAACAUCAGCCUGGUGCGUCACGUGGCGGCGGCGGCGCUGCUUUGGGCCUCGGGACGCCACGACCUCCCCCCCAAACUGCGGGUCCCACUUGGGGGGCUGCUGGUGGGCGUGGCCUACGAGGGCUUCCUGACCGGGUGGGCCGCCCAGGCGCUGUCGUUGGGGCCGUGGGGGGCGUUGGGGGUCCGCGCGGUGGGGGCGGCGCUGUUGGGGUUGGGGGCGCUGCGGCUCCUGGUGCCUCUAUUGCCCCCCACGUGACGGGGGGACUUCCGCCGGAAGUACCGCCCCCCCACCCCAACACACCCCGGAAGUACCGCGCCCACCCCACCCCACGUGACAUGGGGACCCCCGCCUGAAGUACCGCCCCCCACCCCAAACAUACCCCGGAAGUACCGCCCCGCACGUGACGAGGGGACGCACACCGGAAGUACCGGACCCCCCUCCCCGAGAGGUGGGGACUCACACCGGAAGUACCGCUCUUUACCCCCCCUCUCUCCCGGAAGUUCCGCCCCCAACCUCUUCACCGGAAGUGCCGCCCCCCACCUCAAACACCCCCCGGAAGUACCCCCAUUUCCCCCCCCCUCAAAUAAAAGCCCCCCAAUGAUG